ACAGCCCUUUCCGUUUCCUCGACACAAGGCGCUCUUCUCUCCCUCUCUCUCGCUCGCUCUCUCGUUCCCCUGCUCCUUGUUCAUCAUCGGCUUCAAUCCUUCUCUCCUCUUCGCUCUUACUUUCCGAUCUUCCUCUCUAUUUCCUCUGCUCAUUGAGUUUACAAAUAGGAAGCAAGCUUGCCGGAACAGGCCUAGUAGUCAUUGGCUUCACCAUCUAAGUUGGAAUCAAGAUGUCUUCGCCAAGUAAGAGGAGAGAUAUGGAUGUAAUGAAGUUGAUAAUGAGUGAUUACUCAGUAGAGACCAUCAACGAUGGUCUUGCUGAAUUUAAUGUGGAAUUUCAUGGCCCCAAAGAAAGUCCUUAUGAAGGUGGCGUGUGGAAAGUCCGUGUUGAGCUACCAGAUGCUUAUCCAUACAAGUCUCCUUCAAUUGGCUUCCUGAACAAAAUAUUCCAUCCCAACGUUGAUGAAUUCAGGUCUGGCUCGAUAUGUUUGGACGUAAUCAACCAGUCUUGGAGUCCAAUGUUCGAUUUGCUGAAUAUCUUUGAAGUCUUUCUUCCCCAGCUGUUGCUGUAUCCAAACCCUUUAGAUCCAUUAAAUGGCGAUGCCGCUUCCCUGUUGCUGAAGGACAAAAUUCAAUAUGAAAAGAAAGUAAAAGAGUACUGUGAGCGGUAUGCAAAGAGCAAAAUGGAAAAUAUUUCAGAUGGAAGCGACGAAGACAUCAGCGAGGAUGAGUGCAACACCGGAUCAGACACCGAUGGCAUUGCCGGAGAUGCAGAUCCCUGAAGCACAACUCUUUGGACUUGAAAUGGAUCAGCUAGUGAUGAGUGCAACACAGGAUCAGACACUGAUGGCAUUGCUGGAGAUGCAGAUCCCUGAAGCACAACUCUUUGGACUUGAAAUUGAUCAGCUAGUGACGAUACGCUUUUUCCUUGCACUUUAACAUUGAAAUGUUCCAGUUCUUGAUAGAUUCCAUUUGUUUAUUUUAUUGCUGUUUUUUUUUUCAAAACAAGCUAACUAUACUUGUUGCGAAAAGUGAGUUAUAGUUGUGAUGCAUCAAA